AUGUUAUCUGAACGAUUGCAAACUGUUAAAAUUGCAAUCAAGAAUAUUUUCCAGACAUCCCUGACCACAUCGGAAAUUAAUGAUGAUUCGAAAGGAUCACUCGCGUUGUGUGAAUCCAUCUAUAAAUUACUUUCUGAUGGUUUAUUUCUGAGUUAUAACUUGCAAGACAUUUUCCGAUAUAUUCACACAAAUUUGGCACACUUGACUGCGAACAAAAGUUUCACAAUGGACGCGAUGGAUUUAAAACAAAAAAUCAAACAAUUACAAAAUAUACCUACCCGAGAUGAAUCUUCUGUUAAAUUUAUUCUGAAUGAGAAAUUAAUUGUGGAUUUGAUUGAAUUGAUGACUGUCAUUCCGAAAGAAAAGUUUUAUAAUGAAAAGGUGAAUGAUUUAUUAUUUAAGGACGAAGAAAUGGUAUUUCUAAAGAGUUUAGUGACACCAUUGUUGACUAUUAAUUUUCGAUUCCAAAUGCCAAACCUCGAAGAGGAUGAUAUUGUUGUGACCUCGACUAGAAAAAAGAAGAAGAAAAAGAAGGACAAGAAAACAAUUUCAACAAAGAAUUUAGAAAAAUCAUCGACGACAACCACAGACACGACAGAGGAGACCAGUAGUACUCCAACAAGUGAAAAAAGUUUUUCAGGAUCACCGAUCACUCCAGCUGUAACGACACCUCACAUUGAGAAACGUUCCAAUAAUCCAAUUGAAAAUGUCGUUUCUACUAUUGAGGCAACAUCCAUCAAACAAAAUGUGACAAAACAAGGAGACCUUACUCCUCUUUCUACUCAAUCUUCCUUGACGUCAUUAACAGUUGCUGAAGAACCUGUAGAUUUACUUGAAGAUUUCAAUCCCUAUGAAGGAAUGACGAAACAUCAAGCUCUUGAACAUAUGCCCGAAAAUUUGAAAAGAGAAGAAGCGGAAUCACCAAUCUCGUCAUUGAACACGCAAGAGAAAGAAAUUAUGACAUUAAUGGAUGAGAAACAAUCUGCAGAUUCGAGUCGUACUGAAAUCAUCGAAUCUCCAAUGAAUGCAGAAUAUUCUAACACAACACUGUCACCGCAUGUUUCGACCACUACUGAAAUUACUGAACCCACAACCAUUAUUUCAUCUGUGGUAUCAUUGGAAACUCAAACUUUGACGCCUCAGACGGAAAAUAGUACAAGAGUAGAAGAUCAGGAAUUGAAUGAAAAAGCACCUCUCGAAAAAGAUGUUUCUGUGAGUGACACCAAAGAAGAAUCAAAUAUUGAGAAAAUUAAUGAACAAGCUCAAACUUGUGAGGAAAAAGAAGAGGGAACGACGACUUUUGAAUCGUUUAAAAUUCCAGAAGAACAAGUUUCUGAAAAAUCAACUCAAAAUUCAACAGAUAUCCAAACCAUCAUCACUGCACCUCCACAAGAUGCAGAACAUCAAUUCAAUACCAACUCUACACAUCAUCAUUCAUUUAUCUCAUCAGAAAUUUCUGAACAAUUGAAACACAUUCUAUCCUUAUUAAUGAAUCACAAAUACUCAUCGAUUCAUUUCAACACACCCGUCGAUGACAAGGUUGCAGAAUUUUCAGAUUACUACAAAUUUACCAAAAAACCAAUGGAUUUCAACACCAUCAAAACCAAGUUAGAAUCUCACAAGUACAAAACCGUUGAUGAAUUUAUCAGAGAUGUUCAACUUGUUUUCAACAAUACAUUUAUGUAUCAUUUAGAAUCAGCUCCACAAGUGAAAAUGGCUCACGUACUUUCCGAUAUUUUCGAAAGAGAGCUUGACCUUGCAAUACCGUCCUGGAGAAGUCUCGAUCUUUCUCCACAGAUGGAAGCUAAUUCACACAGUGAAGAUGACUUUGAUCGUUGUGACUCUGAACAUUCGAAUGAAGGAACUUUGGAAGCGUAUUUCACACCAAAAUCCACAACAACCAAAGAUCAUUGUGAUUUUUUCCCAACUCCUCCUACGUAUCGUCUUGAACAAGCAGAAAUUGAACCUCAAGUGCAGCAACCACAAGCUUCCAAUAUUUCAAUGCAUUCAUUAUCUAUGGCCAAAGCAGUUGCUGGGUCGAAUCAAGAAAAUUCUCUUCCUUUGAACCGUGUCGAUUUUGAAGUAGAUUCUCUUCUCAAAGAUACUGUGACCAAUGAUUCGGAUGAUGAUGAUUCUGAUACCUUGAGUGAAUUUGAAGAAGAUGCUAAAGAAAUUGACUCGUGUGAAGAAGACAAUCAAGAUAGGACGACCAUUACUACAACGGAAACGACACAACAACACACAACGAGUGCAACGACUAUGGAUCUAUUAAGGCCAAUUUCUACCAUUCAAUUCUCAGACGAUUCUGUGUGUAAAAUGUUAACAGCCUCAGAAAUGUAUUCAUUUUUCUCAAGUUAUUUGGAUCACAUGUUGAAAACGAAUGAAUUGAAUAUUGCUCUAAAAGUUAAAAAGGAUCGAUAUGAGAAUAUGCUUGAAAGAAUUCCCCAUGUUAAGAAUCGAGAUUUUAUUCUUGAAGAUUCACUUCCACCCACUACCGUCUUGAUGAAUCUUUCCAUAUUAGGAGAAAAAUUAAGAUAUCAUGAAGAUCGACUCAAAUUGAAACAAGUUCAACUCAUGAAGGAAUACGAACGACAAGUACAAGCCAUUCAAAAGAAAGAAUUAGAAUUUGAGGAAUUACAAAAACAAUUGCAUGAAAAGGAACAAGCAUGGCUGUUAGAAAAAUCACAACUUUUAACACGUGUCACACAACUCGAACAAUUACUCGUAGAGAAGAACACAGAAAUUGAAGAAUUGAAAAAUGUACCACUCCUAAUACCACCUUCUUCUUCACUGCAACCUCAACAACCAAUAGCUCAAGAAGAACGCAUCGAUCGUCAAAUUGAUAUGGAUGAAUUUAUUUUAAUUGAAAAAGUUGUUGUAUUGCCUUCAUCUCAAUCGUCAGCAGAUGUUACUACUUUAAAGACAACAACAACAACAGGUCAGAAAUCAAUACCAUCCACACCAAUGAGUGGCUGUCAUCAAGAUGAUAUUCAUUUCAUGGGAGGUUCCAAUGAAGACAUCUUGGAUGAUGAAGCACUCACAGAAGAUGAAAUGAGUGAAGUGAGUUCUGUGGUAAAUGUUGAUGCUAUGGAUCAGCAACAACUCAUUCUUGAAGAGGAAGAUUGUAUUCGAUUGUCACCUUAUCAAAAACAAGAUCAAACCAAACAAAUUCAACAACAAGAUGGAAAAUGUCCAUGUGGAAGAGAAUUGGCAAAGGAUUAUGGAUUUCUUCGUAAGCCAAGAUAUUGUCAUUAUACCAACAAGUAUUACUGCAUGAAGUGUCACUCGAAUUCGUUUAAUGAGAUCAUUCCUGCAAAGAUAUUAUUUAAUUGGGACUUUAAGCCCUAUCGAGUGUGUGAUGAAGCUUCUAAAUAUCUCAAAAGUAUUUACAAUCAACCAAUUAUUUGUGUGAGUGCUGUGAAACCAACACUCUUUGAUGAAAAUGAAAAUUUGGGAAUGGCAAGGAUGAUUAGAAAAAGACUUAUUAUUCAAUGGGAAUACAUUUCGAGAUGUCCGUUGAAAGAUAAUCUCAUUACACAACACAAAUUGAAACACAAAUUACACUAUGUGACAGAUACGGAAAUGUACAGCGUCAAAAAUCUUUGUGAGCUCAAUGGAAAGCAGAACGAGGCACCAUUUUUGAAAAAGCUCUCUCGUUUGUUUCAUGUAUUCAGUGACCAUAUUGUGAAUCAGUGUGGUUUUUGUAAAACCAAAGCGAAGAGUUUGUGCCCAAAUUGUAAGAAUGACACUCCAAUUUACGAGUUCAACAUUAGUCAAGUGAUCAAAUGUCCAAGCUGUAAGCUUGUCUUUCACAAAUCAUGCUUUGUGAAUAAGAAGGGAGUUGUGGCGUGUCCAGUGUGCAGCAACGAUGAUGAGUAA